UCAGAGGGACAUGUCAUAAUCGGAGGACUGUUCCCUCUGCAUUAUUUGGCUCCAGAGCGAGAAAACAGCUAUCGCAGCAAACCACAAAUCAGAGCUUGCAGUGGCUUUGAUUUCAGGGCCUUCCGUUGGAUGAUGACCAUGGUCUUUGCCGUGGAGGAAAUUAACAGAGACUUGAGUUUGCUUCCCGGGGUUAAACUGGGUUAUCGACUUUUGGACAGCUGUGACCAAGUCCACACCAGCCUGCAGUCAGUUCUCUCUUUAGUGUCACAAACUGAUGGAGAAACAAUUCAAAUUGAAAAAGUCAACCAACAUCUUUUUGGUGCCAGCGUAGUGGAUCAAAGCUCUAGGUCUGGCUGUUUGGCUGGUUCACCUGUAUCUGCAGUGAUUGGACUGGCCUCCUCUUCUCCCACCAGAGCUGUGGCACAGACUGUGGGCCCCUUUAACAUCCCUCUGGUGAGUUACUUUGCCACAUGCACAUGUCUUACCAACAAAAAAAUGUACCCAUCAUUUCUACGCACAGUGCCCAGUGACCUUUUCCAAGUUAGAGGUCUCGUACAGCUGGUCACUUUCUUGGGCUGGAACUGGGUUGGCACCAUUGGAACCACUGACGACUACAGCCAUUAUGGCAUUCAGGCAUUUAUACAUGAGUUCAGCAAGUAUGGGGGAUGCGUGGCGUUUCAUGUCACUAUCCCCAAAGGUCCCUCCGUAGCUCAGGUUAGGAGUAUGGCAGACCGACUACAGAGCUCCACAGCCCGAGUUGUGGUGGUGUUUGCGACUGAAGGUCAACUUGUGGAGCUGUUCUCAGAGCUGUCUCAGAGGAACGUGACAGGUAUUCAGUGGGUGGCCAGUGAAGCAUGGGUAACAGCCAGUCUGCUCACAUCCACAGAAUUCCAUAAUCUACUGGAGGGAACUGUGGGCUUCUCCUUUCCUGGUGUGUACAUCCCAAGACUAAAAGAGUUUCUGCAAAGUGUCCGGCCCUCUUCACAGCCUGGGAUGGAAUUAGUCAAUGUGUUUUGGGAAGAGUUGUUUGAUUGUAAGCUGAAGUAUGGCACUCAUGAAGAGAGUGUUGGUUUUGUAAAGAAGGAGUGCUCAGGUUUUGAGGAUCUUAAUGGCACUGUGGUUAAUGGUUACACAGAUGUCUCUCAGGUCAGAAUCUCCUACAAUGUUUACAAAGCCACCUACGCCAUCAGCCACGCACUGCACCGACUCUUAAAAUGUGACCCACAAAAACAAACCUGUGAGCUCAGAACGUUUACGUCAACGGAGUUACUACAAUAUCUUAAAGAUGUGAACUUCACCGAUCAGUUUGGGGAAAGGGUAUCUUUUGAUUCCAAUGGCGAGCCUGUUCCACUGUAUAACAUUAUCAACUGGCAGAAGGACAGAGAGCAGAAAAUAAGAUUCAUUAAAGUGGGAAGUUAUGAUGGUUCAGCUCCUCUGGGACAACAGCUGCAGAUGGAACAGAGCAAAAUAACAUGGACCACAGGACUGAAACAGGUGCCCUCGUCCCAGUGCAGUGCGCCCUGCCCCCCUGGCACCAGGAAGGCCACUCGUAUGGGACAACCGCCAUGUUGCUUUGACUGUUUGCCCUGUGCUGAUGGAGAGAUCAGCAACCAGUCAGAGUCAACUGAAUGCAUCAAAUGCCCUCAGUACUACUGGUCUGACUUGAAAAAAGUCAAAUGUGUCGCUGGUGUGGAGGAGUUCCUCUCUUACUCUGACUCUAUGGGCAUCAUCCUGGUCACUUUAACAAUACUGGGCGUGUCCCUCACUGCUGUCAUCACCACUGUCUUCCACUGUUUCCGCUCCACACCCAUUGUCAAGGCCAACAACUCCGAGAUCAGUUUCUUGCUUCUUGCGGCACUCAAACUGUGCUUCCUGUGUUCUCUGGUGUUCAUUGGUCAGCCAUCAGUGUGGACAUGCCGUCUCAGACAGGCAGCGUUUGGCGUCAGCUUUGUCCUCUGCCUCUCCUGUCUCCUGGUUAAGACCGUUGUGGUGUUAUUGGCUUUUCGAACAAACACACCCCACUCCAAAGCUCUCAGGCUGUUUGGGCCAAUCCAGCAGAGAGUUCUCAUUCUCUGCACCACUGUUCCACAGGUUUGCCUAUGUGCUGGCUGGCUUGUAGCAGCCCCUCCCUUUCCAUUCAGAAAUCCAGAUUACCAAGCUACAACGGGAAAGAUUGUUUUAGAGUGCAGAGAACCCUGGCCACCUGGAUUCUACUUAGUUUUGGGAUAUAUUGGACUUUUGGCUUUUCUCUGUCUCCUGUUGGCAUUCCUUGGACGGAAAUUGCCAGACACCUUCAAUGAGGCUAAACUAAUCUCCUUCAGUAUGCUCAUCUUCUGCGCCGUGUGGAUCUGCUUUAUUCCAGCUUACGUUAGUUCCCCGGGGAAAUUUACAGUGGCAGUAGAGAUUUUUGCCAUUUUAGCUUCAAGUUUUGGGUUGCUGCUUUGCAUAUUUAUGCCCAAAUGUUAUAUAAUUUUAUUCAAGCCUGAAAGAAAUGUCAAGAAAGCCAUGAGUGUAAAAUUUGUAAAAUAA